CCGACGCUUAGCAUCAUCCACAUAGACUGUAGCUAUCGAGAUCUGUGCCAGAUCUGUGCAUUGAACCGCCUGCCGACGAUGCUGGGCAAGAGGCUGGGUGAUCUGUACAGCUAUGUGUUCACGGCCCUGCUGGACCUCAUUGAGAGGGGAUGGGUGCCCGAAGUCAUCGUCAGAAGAGGUAAUUGCACGAAAACAGUCACUUUGCACCAAGCACACGUGGCGCCUGCAUGAGCACUCUGCGUGUGUGGCGCCAUGCAGGCAUCCGGCUUCUGCUGAGUCAGCGCCACGCUGAGCUGGUCAACGGCGGCGAGGUCGAGAAGGCAAGGGUCGUCGAUAAGCUGCGUCGAGGCCGCAUCGCUGAGGACACCGACAAGGCCAACGAGCAACACUAUGAGCUGCCGACCAUAUUCUUCCAAAAGACGCUCGGUAAGCAAGACAACGGGGAUGCUGCAGGUGGGUCGGACAGACGAGCAUGCCAGUGGGUGUGGUGUGUGAGUGUGUGUCAGGUCCGUAUAUGAAGUACAGCUGUUGUCUGUUUGAGAGUCCGUCGGCGUCGCUGGCCGAGGCAGAGGAGGCCAUGCUCGACCUCUACGUCAAGAGGGCAGACAUACACGACGGUAGGCACGACACACAAACACCCAUGCUCACACGCACACCCACGGUAUGGGCUGUGGUUGUGCUUGGUGCCUGCAGGGAUGCGUGUGUUAGAUCUGGGCUGUGGGUGGGGCAGCCUCACUCUCUACCUCCUCAAGCGCUUCCCCAGCCUCACUGUCAUCUCGGUGUCCAACUCCCAGCCACAGCGGCUGUUCAUCGAGAGCAAGGCCGCAGCCAUGGGCCUCAAAGACCGCACCAACGUCAUCACGUGCGACGCCAAUGAGCUGUCCUUCCCGACGGAGGGCGGCAUUGCCGGCGGGUUUGACCGCAUCAUGGCGAUCGAGUCGUUUGAGCACAUGCGCAACUGGCAUGAGCUGCUCAGCCGGUGCGGUGGGUGGCUGAGGCAGGACGGCGAGGGGCGGAUGUUUCUGCACUUCUUCUGCCACAAGACGUUCCCUUAUCUGUUCGAAGUCCGCGACGCCACGGGUGAGCGCAGACUGGUCUGUCUGGUCAAUGCAUCCAUCCCAUGCCCUUCUCAUUAUGUGUGGUGUGUGUCUGUGUGGCAACCAGACUGGAUGACGCAGUAUUUCUUCACAGGCGGCAUCAUGCCUUCCCUCGACCUGGUGGAGCAGCUGCACCGAGGGGACAGUGACAGUGAUGGUGGGUCGGUGCUGCCUCUGACUGAGGAGCAGCGGUGGUACGUUGACGGCACCCACUAUCAGCUGACAUCGGAGACGUGGCUCAAGACGCUCGACAAACACAGACAGGUGCGUAUGGAUGGAUGGAUGGAUGGAUGGAUGGAUGGGCGCAUAUUCUGUGUAAGUGUGAGUGUGUGUGUGUGUGUUGGUGUUGUGUGUGCAGGACAGCGAGUUGAUGGGUGCGUUUGAGGACACCUAUGGCGCACAGGCAGCCAACAGAUGGUUCAACAGGUGCGCAGACACUGCACACGUAUGUACCAUUCCCCGACACACCCAUGCCAUGCCUUCUCGCUGUGUGCGCAUGUGGUCAGGUGGCGGAUGUUCUACCUGGCCGUGGCCGAGUGUUUUGGCUACCAGGGGGGCGGUGUGUGGGGGGUGGCUCACGUGUUGCUCAAACACAGCAGGCCGACACAGCAGUGAUGAAUGCACUGUGUGAGAUAGAUGAGGUGCGUGUCGCCGUUUUGUGGCUCUCUAGGAGGUGGUGGCGGCCUUUGUUGCCUUAAUGUAUGUGCCGUCCGUGUACGAUUGCAUCAGACGAUCGAGGGAUGUCUCGAUAGACAGACGUGAGGCAGAAUGAAUGAGUGUCUCUCUUAAGAAUGGCACACAGCACAGACGGCAAGGAUAGACGAACGGACGGCAGCCUCGCGGCAGUUUUUGAAUCCAAUGAAUACGCGAGGGAGAUGAUGUGCUCAGUCAUGUCGGAUUCCUCGCACUUCUACUUGCAGCCUGAGCUACGCUGUGUGUACAUCAGUGCCGCGUGUGGCUGCUGGGAAGGGACCCAAGGCAAAGAACACGUCAUUCUCCGGUCAAACUCACACAGGUUAUCGAGGUCACGGAUACUUGCUGGCCUAGUCC